GUGGCGCUCAUUUUAGCGGUUUUUGGGUUCCUCCAUGCAGAUCCUGAGAGCAAGACCCCUUUGUCCAGAGGUGCGGGUCGAAGAGUCUCAAAGGAGCAGCUCUAGGGGAUAAAACCCAUCGCACUCCACACUGACAGUGGCGGUGUUGUCCAGGUCUCCCCGUCCCCGGUUCCCCGUCGUCUGCGCUCGCCUUCUCGGACCGUGGUGCCCACGCUCCUGCUCCGGGCUUAGGUAUCCACGACUGCAGAACUGGAUAUGGCCUCCAUGCAGGACUGUGUGACAUUUCAAGAUGUGGCCAUUUGCUUCUCACAUGAAGAAUGGAAACUUCUUGAUGAGACUCAGAAGCUCCUGUACCUCAGUGUUAUGCUGCAGAACUUUGCUCUUAUAAACUCCCAGGGCUGUGGGCAUAGAACAGAAGAUGAAGAGCGGAGGGUUUCUACACGAGCAUCAGUUUUGAGAUCUGAGACCACUUCAAAAAGUCAACUCUGUGAAAAGUGUGUCCCAAUUCUGCAAGACAUUCUGUGCCUGCCUGGUCUCCCUGGGCAGAAACAUAGUAUAGAGGCAAGUUCAAAAGCCGAUGAAGACCGUAACAGUACAGGCAAACCCUUGAAGAAGAGUGCUGACAGGGCUCCAUACCUAUUCUACCUGUCAGCGAAGUCCUUCCCCAGCUGGGAUCUUGAAAAAGAUCUCCCAGACAUACUGAAUCUUCUGACGUCUCAGGUGUGUCCCAAAACUAAGAAGGCCAGAAAAAGCACUGAAGAAUGUGAGAGCCUUUCCAGUCAGAAUCAGACACUUGCUCACCUCCGAAGAACCUCCAAUGGGAAGAAACUUUAUGAGUGCAGCAAAUGCAGAAAGACCUUCCGCGGCAAAUACUCCCUUGAUCAGCAUCAGAGAGUCCACACUGGAGAGAGGCCGUGGGAGUGUAGAGACUGUGGGAAAUUCUUUAGCCAGACCUCCCACCUGAAUGAUCACCGUAGAAUCCACACUGGAGAAAGGCCUUAUGAGUGCAGUGAAUGUGGGAAAUUAUUUAGACAGAACUCCAGUCUUGUUGAUCACCAGAAAACUCAUACCGGAGCAAGACCAUACGAGUGUAGGGAAUGCAAGAAAUCCUUUAGUCAGAAAGCUACACUUGUUAAGCACCAGAGAGUUCACACGGGAGAAAGGCCUUACAAGUGUAGUGAGUGUGGGAAUUCCUUUAGUCAAAGUGCCAUUCUUAACCAACACCGGAGAAUUCACACUGGAGUUAAGCCUUAUGAGUGCAGAGAAUGCGGGAAGUCCUUUAGUCAGAAAGCUACCCUUAUAAAACACCAGCGAGUUCACACUGGAGAAAGGCCUUACAAGUGUAGUGAGUGUGGGAAAUCUUUCAGUCAGAGCUCCAUCCUUAUCCAGCACCGGAGAAUCCACACCGGGGCAAGGCCCUACGAGUGUGACCGCUGUGGGAAGUCCUUUAGCCAAAAGUCUGGCCUCAUUCAGCACCAGGUCGUCCACACUGGAGAAAGGCCUUAUGAAUGUGACACAUGUGGGACUUCUUUCAGUCAGUGCUCCAGCCUCAUUCAUCACCAAAAAUGUCAUAACGCUCAAGAAACCUCAUGAAAGAAGCAAAUGUGGAUAAACCUUCAGCUGAAGGCCUAACAUCAUUUAGGUCCUCCAAAUCCGUACUUGAGAAAGCCUUAGGUUUAUAGGUUUGUUUCUGUUUUGUCUUUUAUUUUCUUGAUGUACUGUGACACUAUAGAACCUUUGCAGAGAAUCCUCCACUACCUGAGACUGAUCUUCCAGUAUCCAGGGGAGUAAGAUUCCUCAAGCGUUCGUUCGGCGGUAAGUACACUCAGGAACUGGCUUGCACACACUGAGUGGCUAAGAACCUUGCCGUUUUUUGUCAGUACCCGUGUUUGUGGUAAAAGGCAUCAACUUCUCUACCACGUGACCAGUGUACAGCUGACAUGGUCAUGGUAAGGAAACUGUACAGAUUGCCUGGAAGAACUUUUAAAUGGAGUACUUAUGGAGAAUUUGUCUCCCAGUUUUAACUGAUUAAAGUGUGGAUAUGACUAAACUUUCACAAAGAAGAUAAAAUGUAUUGUCUGCUGAAGGUAUCUCUGAUUUGCUUACCUGCUUCUUUUCAAAAGUAGUUUUUCGUCUGUGUCACGUGAUAGUUGGGUGACUGUUACCAGCCUCCCGAUUCCCGGUUGGUCACUGCCUUCUCCCUGCUGCUCUGGUUUGUACACUGAUGAAUGCCUUAUUCCUGAAGCGACCUUUACUCUCAGAGUGCAGUUUACUAAAUAGGAAGGCUGGAAAGCAGACUGAUCAUUCUCGGAAAGGACGGACAGCUUUUGUAGAUGGUCUCAACUUGGUUUGCCUCUGCAGAGACAGCAAAAUGAAGAAAGCAAAUUGGUAUUGCUUCCCAGGCCAACAUUAGGAGCCAUGGGGACUUACUUCAUUGUUACAGUAUAUGAAUAACUGAAUAUGUAUUCAUAUUCGUGACUAUCUAGUUGGAAACUUUCUGUGGUCGUCUCAAGAUGUCUGCUAUUGCUGUAAGCUCCUGUACUUGUGCAAAUGGAAUGAAUUGACUCUUUUUUUUUCCCUCAAAGGAUGGCCUUAAAAUGCCCAUGAUGCAGAGACUGUAUAAAGAGUGUACCCCAAUAGGAAUUAUUCCAAUAGAUGCCAGCCUAUAAGAAGACCACUCAUGAGGUGAUGAGAACUAGAUGUGAACCAUUCUUGGCAUACAAAGGAUGGGUAUGGUGGGGUCUUCGGCCAGCUAGAGGGAAUGUGACUCCUGUGAACGUGCACCCAACAAUCUCUGUCUUUGGAUGUGUUCACAGGACCUAAAGAACUUUGUAUUUACAUUAGCUAAGGCCAUUGUCAAAAACAGUAUGGUUUUGUGGGAUAGUGGAGUCUAACUUGAUUAUUUACCUCCACUCUUGUUAUAGGAGAUAGGAAAAUAAGGAGAUGGAGAUCCUGUAGUCUUAGACUGUAGCUGUGGUAGUUGCAAUCCAGCUGCUCUAUUUGCAGUCUGGGAUUCACAGAACUUCACUGCCAUUUCCUGCAUCGACAAAAGGCCGCCCCUGUCUGUCUCAGAGGACAGAGUUCAGUCAAAGUGGGGGCUACCAAGCCUUCUGCUUUCCAGAAAGUACGAGUCCUCGACUUUGUAUUUUAUAAAGUUUAUCACUGUUUUAGUGAAAUGCAGUCCUCUCUGAUUUAUCCUUCAAAACAUCUGAAAAUUCAUCUUUGUGAUGAUGAACUUGCCUGUGACUUACCUCAGACUCUGUUAAAAUCGUCCUUGUGUUCCAUAGCUUAUAAGCUUAGAUUUACAAGAGUGCAGUUUGUGAAUGAAAACAAAUGUUCUUUUUUUCUUAGGUAGAAUGUCCUUUAGGAAUAUAUAAUUAUUUUGAGAUUCAUCACUGCUGCUUUUUAAUAACUAUAGUGUUAUACCAUGUUUGGUUUUGUAACUAUACAACCAUCUGUUUUAUUCAUUCUUUUUAUUCAUUCAGCUCUUGGUUAAAUCCUUUCUUGAGCUGUUACAUAUACUGGCUAUAAGCAUAUAACUCAAUAUGCUUACAUUUUUAGAUUCCCUCUUGAGCCAGUGAUUAAGUGUAUGUGAAUGCUUCCACUUUUAAGAAAAUGUCAAACUGGUAUAGAUUGCUCUAGACCAGUGGUUUUCGACCUUCCUGAUGCUGCAGUUCUUUAAUAAAGUUCCUCAUGUUGUGGUGACCCUCAACCAUAGAAUUAUUUUUGUUGCUAUUUCACAAGUGUAAUUUUGCUGCUGGUUUGAAUUGUAAAUAUUUGUGUUUUCCUAUGGUCUUAGGUGACACCUGUGAUAGGGUCAUUUGACUCCCAAAGGCGUCAUAAUCCACAUUUUGAGAACCACUGAUGUAGACAGCGUAUGAACAUUCGUGCUAGUGCUUGGUGUGGUUAAUGUGUUUGCUUUGAGCCAUUUAAAUAGCUAUUUAAUAACACAUUGUAUAGUCUUAACUGCUUUUUUUUUUUUUGGUGUUUCAUGAUACUGAGUGUUUUUGUGUGUUUACUUGCCAAGUGUAUGCUUUUUUUUUCAAAUGGAAAUUCAUGUUACUGUCCUUUUCAUUAAUAAAUAAAUGUGCAUUAACAGUA